CUGUCUCCUGAUCUUCAUUCUGCUUUCACUUCACUCAGAGACGCCAAUGAGGAGCUUUUAAACAGUGACAGUAUGUGUUUGUUUCUUGCUGUGUGAUUCUGAAAGGAGCUAAAACUCACUCAGUGGGUUGAAGGGCUACGGUGGCUGAUUCUCCACUGAGCUGCUCUGAUCAUUACAGACGUCCUGAAAGAGAAAGUGGAGUUUGGACUGAAGGAGCCGUUACAGAGAAACAGCACAGCAGCAGUUGGAGGAAAUGGCUGCUAGAAACCCUCUUUCAGAAGAAGAGCUUUCAUGUCCUGUGUGCCGUGACAUCUUCAGGGAUCCUGUUGUUCUGUCGUGCAGCCACAGUGUGUGUAAAACCUGCCUGCAGAAGUUCUGGGAAACUAAAGGGUCUCGAGAAUGUCCAGUUUGUAGAAGACGAUCCUCUAAAGCUGAUCCUCCUGUUAGCCUUGCACUGAAGAAUGUGUGUGAGGCUCUCCUAGAGAGCAGGAGUCAGAGAUCUUCAGCAGGGUCUGAGGUGCUCUGCAUUCUGCACAAUGAGAAAGUCAAACUCUUCUGUCUGGAUGAUCAGCAGCCUGUGUGUUUGGUGUGUCAGACUUCAAAGAAACACAAACAUCAUGAAUUCUGUCCAGUAGAAGAAGCUGUGACAGACAUUAAGAAUAAACUCAAGUCUGCUUUGGAGCCUCUACAGAAGAAUCUGAAUGUCUUAGAGGAAGCUAAACGAGACUAUGACCAAACAGCCGCCCACAUUAAGACGCAGGCCCAGCACACAGAGAGGCAGAUAAAGGAGGAGUUUGAGAAGCUUCACCAGUUUCUAAGAGAUGAAGAAGCAGCAAGGUUAGCUGCACUGAAGGAGGAAGAGCAGCAGAAGAGUCAGAUGAUGAGGAGGAAGAUUGAGGAGAUGAAUGGAGAAAUCUCAGCUCUUUCAGACACAAUCAGGAACAUAGAGAAGGAGAUGGAGGCUGAGGACGUUCUGUUCUUACUGAGCUUAAAGUCUACAAUGAAACAAGUCGAGUUCACACCAAAAAAUGCAGAGAAGACAUCAGGAGCUCUGAUCAAUGUUGCGAAGCACCUUUCCAACCUGAAGUUCAGAGUGUGGGAGAACAUGCAGGAGAUUCUCCAGUACACCCCUGUUACUCUGGACCCCAACACUGCACAUCCAGACCUCCACCUGUCUGAUGAUCUCACUGCUGUAGAAAAGAGAAACCAGAGAUCAUCACUUCCUGAUAAUCCAGAGAGAUUUGAUAUGUAUACAUGUGUUCUGGGUUCUGAGGGUUUUAACUCAGGGAUUCACUGCUGGGACGUUCAGGUUGGAGACAGUCAUUACUGGUUACUGGGUGUGAUACCAGAGUCUGGAACAAGAAAAGGAAUUUCUUUCUGGGGUUCAGUGUGGAGGUUGUAUUAUUAUUCAGGUAAAUACUGGAUUCGCUGUCCAGGACAGUCAGAUCUCUUCGUCAGACCUCAAGAGAAGCUGCAGAGGGUCAGAGUUCAGCUGGACUGGGACAGGGGGAAAGUGACCUUCACUGAUCUUCUAACCAACACACACCUGCACACUAUAACACACACUUUCACUGAGAGGGUUUUACCACUUUUCUUUAAUGCGUCUGUUCAUCCUCUGAGGAUCUUACCAGUGAAGAUGUCAGUAAUGUAACGGGGAGUGAGGAAGCGGAUGCAUAUGCAGAGAUAAGCGAGAUUUAUUAUGGGCAAAUCCAGGGUCAUAGUCUAAAUGGUCCAGGUUCAAAUAGCCAAUAUGGAGAGCAGGAGAGACAGCCAUGACAAAAUAAAUGCAGGCAUAAAAACCAAACAACACAGACAGAGAUUCAAACAAGGUCCAGCGAAGACAAGGAGCAAACACAGGGCUUAUAAAACAGGGAUAAUAAUAAUCAUGACAAGUAACAGUGGAACAGCACAGUUAAAGUCGAAGCUGCUUAGAAUGAACAUUUAUAAGGUAGUGAGUGAUGAAGUUAUGAAUGUCUGUGUGGAAAUAAAAUGCUGAUUUAAACUGUCAUAAAGUGACUCCUAAUAUCAUCAUUAAUCUGCUUUGGGUCAGAGAUUAAUAAUUUACUGUGUGAAAUAAACUGCACUAUAUUAUAAACUGAA